AUAAAACAUAUCAGCCAAGUCAUAACGUUACUGUAUUUCCAUGAGUUACCACAUUCCUCCCCAAUUUCAUAACAUGGUACCAACAAAUAACAACCUCCAACCAAAGAAUAAUCCUCACUCAAACAGAAAACCGACCCGAACCCCACAUUUCGUGCUCUCCGUCCUAAUUUAUAGCCUCCUUCUUAUAUUAAUAUACCAGGCUUCCAGAGCAGAUCAGCACACAAAUCUCGAGAACAAGAGAAUUGAGGGGGGAAAAGCAGAAACUCUUGAUCAUCGUCAACCAUGGAGGUGAUUGUAAACACUCAAGAAUCUCAGCAACCUCUUCUGGAAAACGCCCCAUUAUUAAAACAACCCAAAACGCCUACUCAGAAGGUGAUAAGAAAGACGUUCAAAAGCACGGCAAAUCUGUCCAAUCUCCUUCCCACAGGAAGCGUCCUGGCAUUUCAGAUUCUGUCACCCAUCGUGACGCACCAGGGCCAGUGCAAGACGCACACGAGCCAAACCAUGACGGCCUGCCUCUUAGCCAUGUGUAGCAUGUCGUGCUUCCUUCUGAGUUUCACCGACAGCUUCAGGGACGAAAGGGGGAAAGUUCGAUACGGGUUUGCUACGUGGAAUGGGCUUUGGGUCAUCGACGGGUCGGCGAAGCUUUCGGCUCAAGAGGCAGCUAAGUUCAGGCUAAACUCGAUUGAUUUCUUCCAUGCAUGUGCUUCCAUUCUGGUGUUUUUCGCUGUUGCCAUGCUCGAUAAGAACGUGGUCAUGUGCUUUGAACCUAACCCUUCCGACGAGGAAAGAGACCUUCUCGUCACUUUGCCUGUUGGGAUUGGCUUGCUUUGCAGUUUUCUGUUCAUCAUAUUCCCCACGAAACGCCAUGGGAUUGGCUUCCCUCUCUCUCGUGAUUAAUUUAUU